AUGACUGACCAGCGCCCUGUAUGCACUGCCUCAUUCCCAUUGAAUAAUGGAGCCUCCAUGCCAGCAGUAGGUUUGGGAACUUGGCAAGCAAAAGGACGGCCCGGCACCUCGGACGAAGAAUCACUGGUAGACUCUCUCGUCUACGCAUUGCAAAACGGGUAUCGGCUGCUUGAUACGGCGCAGGUAUACGGCGUCGAGCGGGUCGUGGGGAAAGCGGUACGAAAAUGCGGCAUACCACGCGAGGAGAUCACCAUCGUCACGAAGUUCUGGAGCCACUGGCAUCACAACCCCGAAGAAGCGCUGAACAAGUCGCUCGAGGCGCUACAGUUGGAUUACGUCGACGUUUUCCUUAUGCAUUGGCCAUUCGCUACCACGCCGGAUCGGAAGGUUCUCCGACCAAAUGAGUCGCCUACAAUUGCGGAAACUUGGAAAAUGAUGGAAAGUCUCGUAGGGCCAAAAUGCAAGGCCAUUGGCGUCAGCAACUUCACCCAGAAGACGUUGGAGAUGAUCCUGGCCAGUGCUACUAUUGUCCCUGCAGUAAACCAGAUUGAGCUCCACGCUUUUUAUCCCUGUCUGAAACUGGUACCUUACUGCCAGUCCAAAGGGAUUCAUGUGAUGGGAUGGGGGACUCUGGGUGGUGGUGAUUCAGGUCCGAUGAGCGAAAUUCUCAAGCACAAGACUUUUGUCGAACUAGCGGAGUCGAAAGGCUGCUCGCCGGGGGUGCUCUCCCUCUCGUGGGCUGUGCAGCGUGGUGUAACGGUGAUCCCAAAGACCAAGUCGAAAUCAAGAAUGGACGAGAAUAUUCGACUUGUGAGUUUGAACGACGAGGAGAUGGGAAAGAUGAAUUCGGCACACAAAUACAUCCGAAGGCACCGUGUUGCUGAUGACAAUCCGCAUAUGGACGUUUGGAUAGAUGGAUUGAAAACCAUGCAGGGUUGGACUACUGUAGAGCUAGGCUGGGAAGAUGAGAAUGGGAAUUGGUUAACGUGA